UACGCCGCCGAGUAGAGCAGCCUCGCUGUGACUGGGAGUGUAAAGAUGACUAAGCCGUGGUUAAGAACCCGGUGCCGUUCGGUUAAGCCCUGCGACAUCUGUGUCUUUCUGUACAGUUGUGCAUGUGCAUAUGCGUGUGUGUGUGUGUGUUUGUGUGUGUGCAAUAAUACUACUGAAGACAUGAAUAGCAAAAGUAAAAUCAAAAUGUCCUCACACUUUGUGACCUUGAGAGAUGUUCAGUUAAGGAAAGAGAAAAAAGUGGAGAGACAAUAGAAGAAAAUAUAACAUUAAAAGAGAAAAGAAAAGAGAAAGAAACAAGUGAUAAGAAGACGACAGAAAAGAGUGUGAACGGAAGAAAGAGGAAAGAAGAGGGGCAAGGGAGUAUAGGAUAUAUAGAAAGAUUAAGAAUAAAUAGAAGAAGAUAAGAAAAGAGGGGAAGAAGGGAGGUCAGAGAAGAAGAAAAAUGAGGGGAGAGGAGGAGAGAAGAUAACUAGGGAGAUAAUAGAACAGAAAGGUGGAGAGGAGGGGAGGAGUUAAAAGAGGAGAUAAAGGAGAAAGGAAAAGAGGACCGGAGGAGACAAGAGACAUAAAAAGGAAAGAGAGAAAGGGGGAGUAGAGAUGACAGAUUACUGAUAAGUGAAAAAGAAGACAGAGAAGAACAAGAGAGAAGACAAGAGGACAGGAGUCCACACCAGCUGGAAAACAGCAGUAAGUAACAAGCAGAUUCAGUUCAAGGAUGUUAAAUGUAACAUACUUCAAACAUGCAAACCUUUUUCUGCAGAGGAGAUUGACCGCAGUUUCUUUCCUGUUGUCAGGUGAUGAACGCAGCUCGGAUUCAUGACAAACAGAAGCUGAAGUCCUUCUGGGAGCAGAGGAUUGUUCAGCACAGCGAGCAGAUGGACGGGGAGGAGGAUCGCAGGAGGAGCAGCGCUCUGGCACGGCUGAGGGAGCAAUGGUUUGUCAGGUUGGCUCAGAGGAAUCAGCAGCAGAAGAGUUUCUUUGAGGAAAGAAUCAGACGAGCUCAGAAAGCUCAGCAGAGCCUCGGGAGGCUCGAUUCUCCCUGAAACCAGCAGGUUGGAGCUGGAGAAGAUCACAACAACUCCUCCACCAAUCAGAUCGCAGGUGAAGAGCAGCUGUCAGGUGGCAUUUUAGCAUUUAUAAUAUUGAAAUUUAUAAUAUUACACAUUUACAUAAACUAAAUAUUUUGAAGCUGAAGGAGAGAAACACAAGCAAUUACUUUAUUCACUAUGAAAUAAAUCCACUGAAAAAGUUAAACAAUUAUACAAAACUUUUGUCACAAACAGAAAAUAUGAAAAAAAUCUAACAUUUUUUGUUGUUAGAAAUUGAAUAUAUAAAAAUGUAUUAUCUUCUGUUGCACUUUGUUCCUGCCUGAUGCCAUUGUUUUGUCAUUACCCGGCCCGGGUCAGCAUAGUUAUGAAUAUUAUAUUCCAUUCCCUAAUCUCCUAAAUCCUACACACCGGUCAUUUAAAGAUAGGAUCGGUAAUGCUGAGAAAUUAGCAAGAAUACACUAGACUAUAACAAUUUUUCAAACAAAAAAUCAAGCCCAGUGUUGCCAUCUCUUUUCCAAUUAAAGUAGCUAGCAGCACUAGCUCCAGAAGUCCCUAAAUCUAGCGAGAAAGUUGCAAAGUCAGCAACACUGAGAGUCGUCCAUUCAGGCCUCCCUCCAUAGCCACUCCCCCUAAAUUAUCAUUAAGAACAUAAACAUAUCAUAACAAAGGUAAAUAACGAACACGGCUAUUGUUAGUACUCACAGCUGUCAAGCUUGGAGUUUGUGGAAGUCUCCGCAAUGACAGGCAGGCCGUCCAAUCAUUUCAUUCAACAGGCUUAUUACAGUCCUGCGACAGCCACAAAUGGCAGAC